AUGUCUGUCGAUGCAGCCCGUAAUGAAGCCAGAAAUCUCGAAGAGGAGAUCCGUGGCAAGGCCAGCUCUACGACAGAGUACCAAGGGAGACUCCAGCGAGCACUCGACACACUGCUAUUGCCGAUAGACUCGACACCACAGGAAACCCAGGAAAGUCAGCCACCCACCAAUGUCGAGAUUCUCAACCACGAGGGCCCGACCUUUGGCAAGUAUCGCUACGCCACCUUCCAUGCCGACGGCCAGUCGUCGACCAUCUACAAAGCUGAGUCCAUGGACCAGAGCGCUCCAGGACAGAUUGUCGCGUUAAAGGUCACCAACAUCGGCAGCUUGAAUCCUCCACACAAUCCCGAGAGAGAAAGCCGCCUUCUGGUCAAGGCGCGCCACGAGCACGUGGUGCCCCUGCUGGACACGCAGCGUGAGGCGCCCGGACGCUUCAUCCUGGUGUUCCCUUUCCUCAGGCAGGACCUUGAAAACCUACUCCGGUCGGGACGGCUCGACCGGGGGCAGGCGAAGAUGAUCUUCGACGGACUGUUCCAAGCCCUGGAGCACGUCCACGGGCUGGGCAUGGUCCACCGAGACGUGAAGCCGUCCAACAUCAUGCUCGCCUCGAUGCAAGGGCCCGUGUAUCUGAUCGAUUUUGGCAUCGCGUGGACGGCCGAGGACGAGGAUUGCGAGCCGGCGGAUGCCAAAAUCACAGACGUCGGCACCACGUGUUAUCGACCGCCGGAGCUGCUGUUCGGAUACCGCUCGUACGACACGUCGUUGGACAUGUGGGCCGCAGGAUGUGUCGUGGCGGAGAUGAUCAGGGAUGGGGGUGGUGCGGGUGCUGUUGGAGGUUUACCGCUCUUCGACGCCGGACCCGUGGGCAGCGAACUCGGGCUCAUCAGAUCGAUCUUCACCACGCUGGGCACGCCCGACAGCCGCACGUGGCCCUCCGCCAGGCUCUAUCCUGACUGGGGCAAAAUGAAAUUCAAGGAGUACCCGGCCAGAGACUGGAGGGAGAUCCUACCCGGGGCGACCCCCCGGUCGAUCGAUUUUGUGCGCAGGACCGUGUGCUACGAGCCGACUGAAAGACUGACCGCGAGUGAAGCGCUGAAACAAGGACUCGAGCGUGCAGACUUUGGGAAAAGCGUGAAAGAUUCGAGCCAGGAAUGA